AUGAACAUUCAACCAAUUUUAUAUUUGAUAGUUUUAGGUGUAGUAAAUACUAGCUGGAGUUUAUCUAUAGCCAAUAGUCAAGCCUAUUACAGAUCUUUGCCACGAGUAGACUUUUCCCUAGCUGACGCCCAAAAGACUGAUGUAAUUUACACCCUCUUCACGAAUUCAUCACCCACUAUAGGAACCACAGUUACUGAAGAAACCAGCGAUGAUUUAAUAAAAACUAAGAAUAUAUCAACUGUACUAAUAGUACACGGUUGGACUACAGAUGAUUCGUCGCCAUGGUAUAGAUCGCUCAGGGAUGAAUACUUUAAACAAGGACUUUAUAAUAUAAUUUUUUUAAAUUGGAGCAAGGCUGGAAAUAAAAGCUAUGAAGUUUCAAGCGCCAAUUGCAAACCUGUAGGAAGAUUCAUCGCAGAUUUUUUAAUUUCUUCGAAAGUAGACUUAUCUAAAGUUCAUUUAGUAGGUCAUUCUCUUGGUUCCCAACUAACAGCAUUCAUUGGUAAAUCGACAGUAGAACUCACCGGUAGAAAGAUCGGAAGAAUCACAGCACUAGAUCCAGCUGGUCCUAAGUGGUAUAAGCCUGAUAUGCUCGACUCUGAACAACUUACUUGGCGUGAUGCAGAUUUUGUCGACGUUAUACAAACUUUUGGUUUCAAAAAACCUAUUGGACAUGUUGACGUUUAUCCAAAUCGAGCAAAACAUCAACCUGGGUGUCCUUACGAAAAAGAUAUUGCAAACGCCUGUAACCAUGCUAGAUCGACAUUAUUCUUUAUAGAAUCAGUAGGAACAAAAGCUCUAGCGAAAGAAGGAAUUUUUUACGAAGAUGAUAUGUCAAUAGUGACAAUAACGCCAAAGCUAAUUGGAAAAAUGAUCGUAUUUGGACAGCAUGUUAGUAAAAGAGAAAGAGGUGUUUAUUAUUUAACAACAAAUCCAACUAAACCAUUUUUAAAUAAAAAUGUUUAG